AUGAUGUUCCUUCCAUACACCUUUGACAACGCGCGCUUACAAUACCUUCGUACUCCACAGGGCAAAGUCGCGGAACUACGUAUCGAACUGAACAAUGGCAACAAGAAGGACAAGAACUUCUCUGCGAAGAAGACAGCCCUCAAGAAGAUUGUCGCCAACAUGACCAUGAGCAACAAUGACAUGGUAGCACUAUUCAUGGACAUUGUGGGCUGCAUGCACAUUCCAAGCUUGGAGAUCAAGAAGAUGUGCUUCCUGUAUCUCGUCAACUAUGCCAGGAUAAAACCCGACAUUGCGCUCAAAGCACUACCCAUCAUACAGGAAGACAUGCACGACAACAACCCCUUAGUACGAGCCCUCGCCCUACGGACCAUGUCCUACGUUCACGUCCGAGAGUUCGUCGAAGCGACCGUACCACACCUGAAGAACCUCUUGAAGGACUCAGAUCCAUACGUCCGAAAGACGGCAGCUUUCUGCGUAGCGAAGCUCUACGAUCACGACCGACACCUGGUGGAACAAUCCGACCUAAUCGACAGGCUGAACGGCAUGUUACGAGACGAGAACCCCACAGUAGUGUCAAGUGCAUUGGCCGGCCUCAUGGAUAUCUGGGAGCGAAGUGAGAACAUCAAGCUCACCAUCGACUAUGCGAGUGCAUCGAAGAUUGUCCAGAUUCUGCCAGACUGCUCAGAGUGGGGUCAGACGUACAUCCUGGAAGCCAUGAUGAACUACGUCCCACAAGAUACCAGCGAAGCUGCGCUGCUUGCUGAGCGCAUUUCACCGCGCCUUUCCCAUUCGAAUUCUGCCGUCGUCCUUACCUGCAUUCGCGUUAUUCUCUACCUAAUGAACUACAUCAACGAUCCGAAAGUCGUCACUUCGCUGUGCAACAAGCUAUCACCACCGCUCGUCACACUUCUCUCCAAAGGACCCGAGAUCCAAUACCUAGCCCUUCGUAAUGCGCUUCUGAUUCUGCAACGCCGGCCAGAAGUACUGCGAAACGACAUUCGCGUCUUCUUCUGUAAAUACAACGACCCUAUCUAUGUCAAGGUCACAAAGCUUGAACUCAUCUUCAUGCUGGCGACUGAGAGGAACAUCAAGGAAGUGCUGACUGAGCUUUCCGAGUACGCUACUGAAAUCGAUGUCGACUUUGUGCGCAAGUCCGUACGAGCCAUUGGCAAACUCGCCAUCAAGAUUGCGCCAGCAGCACAACUGUGUAUUAGCACUCUUCUUUCGCUCGUUAGCACAAAGGUGUCUUAUAUUGUACAAGAAGCGACAGUCGUCAUUCGUAACAUUUUCCGAAAAUACCCCAAUCAAUACGAGUCGAUCAUCUCUACGUUGUGCGAAAACCUCGACUCGCUCGACGAACCAGAAGCGAAGGCAGCCAUGAUUUGGGUCAUUGGACAAUACGCGGACCGAAUAGAAGACUCCGACGUUCUUCUCGAAGACUUCCUUGACACAUUCCAAGAGGAGACACAUGAGGUGCAACUGGCACUGCUCACUGCUACUGUCAAGCUGUUCAUUCAAAGACCUACUCGCGGGUCCAGUCUGGUACCGAAGGUACUGAAGUGGGCGACUGAGGAAACAGACAACCCCGAUCUACGCGAUCGAGGUUACAUGUACUGGCGUCUCCUCUCCUCAGCACCUGAGCAAGCGAAGCAGGUCGUCAUGGGCGAGAAACCUCCCAUCACAGCUGAAGAAUCAGAGAAGCUUGACCCCGGUACUCUCGAAGAAAUGUGUCUCAACGUCGGCACGCUGGCCACAGUAUACCUAAAGCCAGUCAACCAGGUAUUCCGCAGUGCUCGCCCGCGUAAGCUACAAGACUCGCCUGCACUGCAAAAGCACGAACUACCAACUGUCAAAGCAGCACAACAAGCUCGCGAUCGCUCCGCCGCAGAACGCUCAAGACUUGACACUAGCACUACAAACGGUAAUGGUCACCUUUCGCCAACAUCCGCAAAUGGCAUGGCAAAUGCUGUCAGCGACGCGGAUAUGUACUUUGCUAGUGUAGGCAGGCAAAGUACUUUUGGUGGCAGCCCUGUUGCCGAUCAAAGCAGUGGUGCGGGAGGUGGAUGGGUGGUUAAUCAGAAUGAGCCGCAGCAUAUGGUCAUGAGUCCUGGGCCGAAUGACGGAAACCAGGACCUGCUACUUUGA